AUGGGCAAAGAAGAAGAAGAAGAAGAAGAAGAAGAAGAUGAUGAUGAUGAUGAUGAUGAUGAUGAUGAUGAUGAUGAUGAUGAUGAUGAUGAUGAUGAUGAUGCUCAGCAGAAGAAGAAGAGGAGGAGGAGGAGGAGGAGGAGGAGGAGGAGGAAGAAGAAGAAGAAGAAGAAGAAGAAGAAGAAGAAGAAGAAGAAGAAGAAGAAGAACAAGUACAACAAGAAGAAGAAAUGGAAGAAGAAGAAGAAGAAGAAGAAGAAGAGGAAGAAGAAGAAGAAGAAGAAGAAGAAGAAGAAGAAGAAGAAGAAACGAGCCUGA